AUGACCAACUGGGAGACCGGCAACUACAUCAACUACGCCAAGAUGAGCGAGAACCUGAGCAUCGUUCGCCAGCGUAUGAACAACCGCCCUUUGACCUACGCCGAGAAGAUUCUCUACUCGCAUCUUGAUAACCCCACGAGCAAGAUAUUGAGCGUGGUGUCUCGUACCUCAAGCUCCGUCCCGACCGUGUUGCUUGCCAGGACGCCACUGCUCAGAUGGCCAUUCUGCAGUUCAUGUCCGCUGGCAUGCCCUCCGUCGCUACCCCUUCCACUGUACGUACGACAAGGAUACAAAUAG